AUGGCCCGGCGUAUGUUUCACCACCUGCUACAACUCCUCUUAUCGCGCCUGGCUCGAGUAAUCUUGCCUGCCGAUGGCCCAGGCUUUCUCUACGUGUUCGUGGACGGGGGAGGGCAGAAUGGGACAACCGGGGAGAAUCUGGAUGGUGCCAGUCCCGACGAUGACGAGGAGGAGGGCCGAAUCAAUCGCGCAUCUGGCGCUCGAGAACAGCUGCUUAGAUCGGCCGCGGGUCUGGUGCAACAACUGACAGGUCUGGACGACGAUAAUCUCCCCAAUCCUUGUGACUGCUGCGGUAGCUUAGAUGGUAUACCUCGACCUGCAUCUUCUGGUCUAGUUGUACUACGUGUUGCUUUAUUAGUUUUAGUUGUGCUGGCUGUCUGUGGCUUCUGGGGUGGCAUUUGCAGAUACAACCUCUCAAGUUUCAAUGUGGGCAAGUUCAAAUGGAAACAAGAUGAUACUGGGUGGUGGUAA